AUGCCUCCUCAUCGAGACCGCGAGCCUAAUCUCGCUGAACUUGUGGCUAGUGCUAGAGUAGUUGGUGUUAGGAGGUCUCGUUAUGAGAGAAUUCCAAAUCCUCUAAGCCAAAAUCAAGAUGAUGUUGAAACAUCAUAUGCUCAUAUGGCCGUUGAAAUUGACCGACCUCUUACAAACCCGAUUGAGGGGACACAAGGUGUUGUGGCUGGACAUGAUGAUAGAGUGUUGAACUUGAUACAGGAGGUGAGUUUAAAGAUAGCCCCUCCUCCUUUCAAGGGUUCCAUAAACCCGGAUGAUGCAGAAUUAUGGAUUGAGGAGAUGGAGAAAGCUUUUGUUGCCAUGCGUUCCAGUGAUCAAGACAAAAUUAGAUUCGCAGUCUAUCUAUUACAAGGAAGUGCACAUAAUUGGUGGAAAGGAGUAACGCGCACUCAUGACAAUGACCCUGAGUUCUUCAAUUGGGAGAAUUUUUGCAUUACUUUUUAUGCCAAGUAUUUCCCUCGAAGCAAGCUGUUACAGUUGGAGAGAGAGUUCCUUAAUCUGGUUAAGGGCAGUAUGACAGUGGAUGACUAUGAGGCUGAGUUUGAUCGGUUUUCCAAGUUUGUCACUGCUCUAGUUUCUGACGAUGAGAGUAGGGCCAGGAGGUUCGAAAAUGGUUUGAAUGCUCACAUCCACAGAGGCUUAGCUCCAUUGCACUUGAUCAGCUACAAUGAAGUGUCUCGAGAUUUCGCUACUUUUAAGGAUAGACUUCCUCCUUGGAGAACUCAAUCGUACCAUGGCAAGACAUCCCAACAAGGGCUUAGGUGUUCAGUGUGUGGUGGAGGACAUCAAGCUACUGAAUAUAAGCGUGUUACUGGUGCUUGUUUUAGAUGUGGCCAAUUGGGCCAUCGUAUUGCUUAUUGUCCUUUAGUCCUCCCAGAAUGUCAAUCUGUGCAGAAGCCACAAAACUCUCGAACCUUUGAAACUACAGCGCAAAGGACUCAGCCCACUCAUGUUGUUCAGACUACGCAAGCACCUUCUUCUAGACAUCAAAAAAUGGGAAGACCUCGCACUCAGGGGCGUGGUUAUGCUAUCACUCAGUCAAAUGUAGAGGCAUCCAACACCGUUGUCUCAGGUACACUGCUAGUUGCCUCAGCUUUUGCUCAUGUGUUGUUUGAUACCGGUGCAUCUCAUUCUUUUGUAUCUGUUGCAUUUGUUCGAAAGUUUACUUUGCCUUGUAUGCUUCUGGAUUAUGAAUUAUGCGUAGACACUCUAGUUAGAGCUAGGCGAUUGCUUGCUUGUGGUUGUAAAGGAUUUUUGGCAACUGUUACAGACACUAGAAUGAAGGAGUUGAGGAUUGAAGAGAUUCCUAUUGUGAGGGAAUUUCCUGAUGUUUUUCCUGAAGAUCCACCUAAUUUACCUCUUGAUAGGGAGAUUGAUUUCUCUAUUGAUUUGGUUCUAGGAACUGGUCCUAUUUCUAAAGCUCCUUAUAGAAUGGCUCCUGCAGAAUUGAAGGAGUUGAAAGAUGUAUCUCCUUGGGGAGCUCCAGUGUUAUUUGUAAAGAAAAAGGAUGAGAGUAUGAGGUUGUGCAUUGAUUAUCGAGAGUUAAACAAGUUGAAGGUGAGAAUUGAAGAUGUCCCUAAAACUGCUUUUCGUACCCGAUAUGGGCAUUAUGAGUUCCUUGUUAUGCCUUUUGGGUUGACAAAUGCUCCAGCUACUUUUAUGGACUUGAUGAAUAAGGUUUUCAAACCUUAUUUGGAUAAGUUUGUGGUUGUUUUUAUUGAUGAUAUUCUAGUGUAUUCCCCUAGCUCAACAGAUCAUGAAAAGUAUUUAAGGGUUGUUUUGGAGACUUUGAGGCAGAAGCAAUUGUUUACUAAAUUGAAAAAAUGUGAUUUCUGGCUUUCUAGUGUUGCUUUCCUUGGGCAUGUGGUGUCAAAGGAUGGGAUUUCGGUGGAUUUAAAGAAAGUUGAAGUAGUGGUGACUUGGAAGCGACCAAAUAAUGUUUCAAAGAUUCACAGUUUUCUGGGCUUUGCUUUUGACCGAUUGGUACGGAAAGAGGUUCGCUUCGAGUGGACAAAUGACUGUGAAAGGAGCUUUGAGGAGUUAAAGAAAAGAUUAGUAUCCGCUCUUAUACUUACCAUACCUACUAGUGGUAAGGGAUUUGUUGUUUACAGUGACGCUUCCAAAAAGGGACUUGGGUGUGUUCUUAUGCAAGAUGAUAAGGUGAUUACUUAUGCUUCUAGGUAG